CUUCUCAGGUCUCAUCGUGCUCAUGAGCCGAUAGAGGCGAGCCCCCCAAACCCCCCACCCCCCCAAAACAGGUUUCCCCGGUCGACAUAUGGCCGCUGGGUUUUGGCUGCCUUAAAUUCUCGCACGCUGCCAAACAUGGAAACGUACUAUGGCGUGGUGCGGUCACCCGCAGACGCCAUCAAACUGUUCGAAGCAUGCAGACUAGGACUCCUUCCGCGGGUGCAGAGGAGGUUGUCGGAAAAGGAGCGGCAAGCAAUCCGGUCCGGCUCCGUCUUCGUGUGGGAUGAGCGAGAGGCUGGUAUGCGGAGAUGGACGGAUGGCAAAUCAUGGAGCGCGAGCCGCGUCGCCGGCAGUUUUCUGACGUACAGGGAGAUGGAAGGAAAACGGGGCAACGCCUUCGGCGGGAGGAGGGGCGCCGGAAAGACACCGGACUCUGGCCGUGGGAGCGACGAAGAUCACGACGACGGGGAGCCGGACGGCUACAGGUACAAGCCGGACGGGCUCACGAAGCAAUCAUUCAGUAUCACCAAUGCCGCCGGCCAACAUCUUCACCUAAUAGCCUACUACGCUCGCGGGCCCCUCGACUUACCACUACCAACAACCGACCCUUCGCUCAGGCACAUCGUCCCGGCUAAGGGCAUGUACCCAGAAUCAAGCCUAACUGAGACAACACCGCCCACGACGGGAAGGGCACCGUUGCCGCAACCGGCCUACAUGCCUCCUCCUCACCAGCCGCAGCCUCCCCACGGCUACCCCUCUCACUACCCGUACCCGGGCCACGCAUGGCCACCUUCCCCUGACGGGACGCCGCCAUACGGCCACGGUCAAUACUCGUAUCCGCCAGCUCUCCCGCCGCCUCAAGGGCAUCACCCUCCUCCAGCGCUUCCUCCGUACCUCCCCGCCCCGCCCUCGCACCAUCAUCCGCAUCACCACUAUCCGCCCGCCGAAUCGAAUUCUAGCCAAGAACGAACCCCACUACCUCUACCUCCUCCGCCCUCGUAUUCGUCGCAGCACGCGCCCGCUCAUCCGAGCACGCCAUCCUACUCACACGCGCAGCCGCAUUCACAACCGCAACUUCCUGCGCCCAGGGCAGCGAUCCAAGCACCGCCACCAUACCCGCAGAACCAGCACCAAUCCCCCCAGCCUCCGCCCCGGGUCACGCUUCUGGACUCUCCCCGUUCUCAGCAUCUACAAGCGAAGGCGAGGGAGGCCGUCCAGAUCGAGCCGCGGCUAGCCCCGAUCGAUGCAGCGCGCAACCGACACAGCCCGCUGCCCGCCCCGGGCCAGCUCACCCAUCCUCAACAGAACGGAGGGAGCCCCACAACGACAACGACGACAGCAACAGCGACGACGAUGACGACGACCACCACCACCACCUCGAUAACGCUGCCGCCACCCACCACAACUGCAAGCCCCACCAUCAACGCGCCAUCGGGCUCUCCCAUCCCGAACGGCAGCAGCAGGCCGGACAGCAGCGGCCGAGCUCACGCACCAACGACAACGACGCCCACCACAGCGAGCACGCGGCCCACGCUGUCGGCCCUCCUGCACCCUUCGACUAUCCCGCCGCCCGCACCACCACACGGCAGCUCCGAGCCGAGCAGCGCUCAGCCUAUCAGCAGCGCCGGCACAGUCGGCGGCGGUGGCGUCGGGAUCAACAGCGCGGGUAGCUCGCCCGGCGCAGGGUUGCCUCCGUCGGCGACGGUCAGGCAGGACUCGCGGUCCAGCGACGAGGAUGCUAGGGCCAUUGGCGUCUUGAAUAAGAAUUUCUUUUGAGAGCUCUGAGGGGUUUCGGGAGGUGACAACAGUGGUGGUGGGGAGAUGGCCCUGAGUGACUGAGGGAAGUAAGUAGUCAGGAACAAAGGGACGGCAAGUAAAGUAGUGGGAGAUGUGCGAGAAGGGAAUGAACGGCGGAAAGGGGGUGGG